UUGCCAUCACCAGCUUUUUUGCAGUGUUCAAAAUUUUGACAUUCAUCAAUCGUCGUAUAAUUCGCAUAAACACGCAAUAUAUAUAUAUAUAUAUUUUCUCGGCGGAAUUAAGCAGUAGCAGCAGAUAUCUAAUAUAUACAGGGUUUUCCCGCAUUUUGGUCGUGUUCGAUCGGAGGAGUUUUGGGUGAGAAUGGCCACAUGGAAGCGAUUUAGAGGCGGCGGCGACGGGGCGCCAUUGGUAGAGCGCAUUUCGUCGUCUCGAACGGUUCGUCUCGGAAAUGUUCAGCCGCAGGCGCCAGGUCAUAGGACGGUGUUUUGCAAUGAUCGUGAGGCCAAUGCCAUCGCGAAAUUCAAGUUCAGGCGGGUGACUAACCUAUAUUUUCUCAUGAUCUCGAUCUUGUCUUGCACCCAUGUAAGCCCCUGUAAGUCCAAUUACAAAUGUGCUUCCAUUGACAUUGGUGCUUCUUGUAUCUCUCAUAAAAGAAGCAUGGGAGGACUGGAAACGUCGUCAAAAUGAUACAUCAAUCAAUAAUUCCAUUGUAGAAGUGUUGCAAGAUCAGACGUGGGUAUAUUGUCCUUGGAAGAAACUGCAGGUUGGAGAUAUAGUCAAAGUAAGUUGGCAAGUUUUAUUUUCCUUUUGCCAGAUAUGCUUCAUGCUCUUGUUUAGCGUAGAUCAAAAGUCUUGUGAUGCAUGACAUAUGUCUAUACUGGCUAUCUUAGCGAAAGUUGUCAACUAUCUCCUAGUUAUUAUAUUAUUGGCAUGUCUGAAAUUACUGGAUGUAGUGAUUGUAGGUCUAUAAACUAAUGCACAAAAGUGAGG